GCGACUCACUUGACGGGGCAAGAAAGCUGCUCUUGAAUAACGGCGCGUCGUGCUGACUCGGAGGUCGUUGCGACGCCGGGGACGGGCUGACGGGGUUGGCGGGAUCGCGACGGCGGUGCUUGACGGGCCUGGGUGGAUGACUUGAACAACGGAUUUCACGUUGAACAAGUUGGGGGGGAAGUAUGGGUUCGAGCGGUUGGUGCAGAUGGUGUUGUUGUGUGAUGGUGGGGAGGAGAAGGCAGAGGGAGGAGGAGGAGGAGGAGGUGCGGGUGAGGGUGUUGUCAUUCGGAGUGCGCAGCCACGACGGGUUGGCGGCGCGAGCUGUGAUUGGCCACGCCAUUCCACCAGCUUCCGCCCUGCUCCUGCCGCUAUCUGCACCCACGAGGCAGUCCUAGUGGCUGAUAGCCAACACUCGCUUGCCCUCGUCCACUCUCCCACUCUACGUCAACGACCGCGCGGUGGGUCGGGCCAACACGUGUUGAGUGCUCUGACGUGUAGAUGGACGGCCGUGUCGCGGCGGCGUAUCCCCUCCCACGCCCUUCAUUUCAUCCGCCCCUCCGACUUGCCCCGCGCGAAAGCUAUCUGCCACCAUAUGCAUCACCUCGGGAGUCGUCCAGGCCAGACGCGGGCGGUUUGUGAGAGCGCGAGACCCCUCUUCCGUGCCAUCUUCAAGCCCCUCAUCCCACCAGCUCGCGUUGCUAGUCCCUGCCUGCUUCUGGGCCCACACCAGCUCUGCCACCACUGCGACCAGCCCCGCUUUCGGCCGAAUGCGCCGAGUCCAUAGCUGGCUUCCAACCCAGGCAUGCCUAGAACAACUCCUGUGGGCGAGAAUCAUCGAUGCGAUGCA